AAAUAUCACAGUGAAGAGCUUAAAGUAUUUGAAUCAGUUAACAAAACCGUUACAGAAACGAAAAAAAUAAAGGUCUCAAGUAAGAAGAAUGAUACUUUAAUAAAGUGAUAUAGUUUAGUGUUAAUGAAUUAAAUAAUUUUAAACCGUAACUCUGUCUCCAUAAAACAACGUAAGAAAAGAUCGAUAAAUACAAUAAAUACACAAAAAAUGUUUUUCCAAAUAAAUGUCACUCCUCCUGCUAAGGUCAAGGAGCCAGAAAAUAUACCACAAAAAGAAAAAGAACUACCGGCUAUUUUGGUUUUAGCUCCAUUCCAGCCUCAAACACGAAUUAAUUUAGAAACAACGAUCAACAACUCGGUUUCAUCUAAUUUGAGACUAAAAAAUCCAUCAAACAAAAAUUUAAAAGUCAAAAUUACGAAGCUUCCUCCUCAAGAACGUGCAAUAAUCAUUGAUACAUCUGACAUUUCAAUUGAUUCAGAAAGUGAAGCUAAUCUUUUACUAUCUUGGACUCCAUUAAAAGCUGGUUCCUGGCGAGAUGUCCUUCAGUUUACUGAUAGUCGUCGUAUAAAAUACGAUGUAAGUAUAAUAACAACUGCUACUAGUCCUACAAAAGGUGUAGGUAAAGGAAAACAAAAAUCAUUUGUUCAACCUAAAGAGAUAAAAAAGAAGACUGAGAAGUCAAGAACCUAUCUAAUGGAUACAUCAUCGGUUUAUCUCAAUAAUAAGAAAACUGUUAUUACUAUAGAUAAACCAAGCAACAGAAAAAUAGAAGAGGAUAAAGAAAAUACGACUAAUAAUCGAACGUAUAAUAAUGAUGAUGUCUUUCAAACGCCAGCAAAAGUAACUCAAAAUUUGGCAGAUGAGUUAAAUUCUAAUAGAACUAUUACAAAAAAUAAUGGACCUUUGAGUACAUUAAAUAUUAGUGAUAUUCAAUUGACGCCUGUGCAAGCGCCUUCAAAAUUGAAUCAAAUAUCACAUUCAACAGUAAUAAGUUCCACAGUUAUAACUUCACGGACAACAAAAAUAAUUCCUGAUAUUUGUGUAAUAAAUGCAACUCAUGAUGAACUUCCUUCAGGUAUUUUAAAGUCUGUUCCUGACGUUCAAGUCGUAAAUGCAAUUGAAAACGAACUAAGUAUUACAAAAACAGUUCCUGAUAUUAAAAUCAUAAAUGCUACACAAGAUGAAUUUCAGCUUCCAAAUAUAUCUAAAGUUUCAGAACAUAACGAAGAAUUUGAGUUAAGAAGAGAAACUUAUACUACAACAAAUCCUAAAUUUUGUAGAAAAAUACAUUUCGUUUUGGAAGAAGAUGAAAGAGAAGAAGAGGAAGAUGCACAAGAAAAGUUUGAAGAUUCUCUAUCACCACCAAAUAAAAAAGGAGAUGCUAGUAAUUUUUCAGCGAUUAUUAAUAACAUGAAUUUUGUAACUCCAGUGAAAACAUCUAAUAUGUUUUCUCCUGAUAUUGGUUCUACUGGAGCCCGUAGAUUGUCUAUGAGUAGAUUAUCAGAUGGGGAAAAUCACUCACAUAAUGGUACUUUUAAUAUUAGCGAAAACAGUGUAUGUGGAGAAGGAUUUAAAGCUAACAACACAUACGAAUUAUUACCUACACCACCUGGUGUUGUUCAAAAUAUUAAUUCCCAUAAAAUGUCGAAUAUAUUUGAAAAGAAAAAUCCUUCUUCAGAUGAGUCGAGAAUAAAUGUACGAUCUUCAUCGCCAGUUGCACUUGAUCAUUCAAAAUCAAGCCUUCCUUACUCUAAUCUUCUAGCUGGAGACAAUGCAAGUGUAAGAGAAGUGUUAGAAGCUAAUCUAUGGGCCAAAGAUGCUCAAGACAAUUAUCAUUGUAUUGGAAACAGACUAAAAUUAGAGAAUCUUGAGAUGAUAGCUGAAGAAAAUUUAAAUAUUUCGAGCAAGACUUAUACUAAAUCUCCAGUAAGAAUAAAAUAUGAUUUUUCAACUGCAGAUUUUUUAAAUAGAGAUCCACGUCGUAUUGACAUAACACCACCCAAGAAGUUACUACAGCGUACUCCAACCAAAAAAAUGUCUCCAAUAAAGCAUAAUAAAAUAACAAAACCUAAAAUAACACCACAAAAUAAUAUUUUAAAGAAAAGUAAGACUGAAAUAAUGAUGAAUAUGAAGAAAUCAAGUAAAGGUCCUCUUACUGGUGUGAGAAUUACCAAAUUAUCUCUAGCUAGUUUAAAAAAUAAAUCAAAAAAGAGUCCUAAGAAAGAAGCAGUUAUUAAAUUACAUAACCCAGAUGAUUUGAUUUCUCAAAUAUGUAAUCCAGAUAUAUUUGCUGCUACAAUGACACAGGAUCCAUUCAUUAGUCAUAGUCAUUAUUUCGAUGAGAAAUUCAUUCGCUCAAAAGAAAUUGAAUUUACAAAGUGGUUAAAUGCUUUGUUAACACCUCCAGAACAUCUAGAUGUUGAUAUAGAAACAACUUGUGUUGAUGUUGGAAAAGUUUGGCAAUCUUGUAGAACCAAAGAAAUAGCAUUAGCAGAAUCUAAAGAAGAAGUAUCAGCUCGAUAUCACACUAACACUCAAUUGAAUACUUUGAGAAAAGCUGCUUGUAUGAUGUUCAAUAGAGAAGAAGUGAAGAAAGCUUUAGCUCAUUCUACUUCUUGUGUUAACAAGGGAAUUCUCGUCAUUAGACAAGAUCGUGAUCUGCAUCGAGACAUAGGACUACAAAAGGAAAUACUUGAAUUGUUUUUAAGUUAUAAUCCUCUGUGGUUAAGAAUCGGUUUAGAAGUUAUUUAUGGUGAAACAAUACCACUGAAUUCCAACAAUGAUUUAAUUGGUCUCACGCGGUUUCUCAUUACAAGAUUCUUCUCUGACCCAUUUCUAGUUCAAACCUACUCUGUCUCAAAUACAGUUAGCCUAAAAUUACCAGCAUUCCAAGGCCAUUUGAACAAAUUUAUUUUAACUAAAUUUCUUUGCAUUGUUUAUUUCUUAGACUAUGCAAAACGUAAUAAACUAAUCGGUCAUGAUCCUUGUCUAUUCCAUAAAAAAGCACCUUUUAAAGAGAGUAGAGAAAUUUUGUUAACAUUUUCAAGACUUGUCUUAAGUGGUAUUGGAGACAUAACUAAAGUUCUUCGGACUCAUAAUUAUAUUGUCUCUCAUAAGCAAACGUGUUUAGAUGAAUAUGAUUAUGCAGUAAAAAAUUUAUGUACAGACUUAAGAGAUGGAGUGCGGUUGUGUCGAGUAAUGGAAUUAAUCAUUGGAGAUAAAACAUUGACAAACAAUUGUCGACUUCCUGCUAUCUCAAGAUUGCAAAAAAUUCAUAAUGUUGAAUUAGCAUUGUCAGCUCUUUCCAGGGCUGGUUAUAAUAUAGCUGGCGAUAUCAGUGCCAAAAAUAUAAGUGAUGGACAUCGGGAAAAAACUCUUUCACUUCUAUGGCAACUGAUUCAUAAAUUCCAGGCUCCAAGAUUUGAAAAAGCUGCAACUACAAUUCAGAAAUGGUGGAGAGCUAAGUUAUGGUUUAUUAGAAUAAAGAACUUCUUAAUAAAUAGAAAGAAAAAUGCUGCAGAAGUUAUUCAACGAUCGUGGAAAUGUUAUAAAGCAAAAACAAAACUCAAAAUACUACGAAAAGAGCGGGCUGUUUAUCUUAAAGAAUUGAAAGAAGCCACUAUAAUCAUUGAAUUGCAAUGGUUGAGGCAAAAAAAGAUGCUUCAAGAUCGUCGUAGGUUCCUUCAAAUGAAAUCUGCAGCUAUUGUUAUACAGAAGUGGUUUAGAAGGGUGAAAACAAGCCGACCUUACUUACAAGACCUUCAAAGGAAGCGAGAGGCUGCGAUUGUUCUACAGAAUCAAUGGAGAGCGAUUGUCGCAAUGAGAAAAGAAAAAGAAAUCUAUAAGAGAAUUAAAAAAUCCGUAAUUUUAAUUCAAAAUUGGUGGAGAGCAAUAAUUCUAAGUAGACUCACUCAUGAUUAUUAUAAGAAACUUAGAUCUGCAACCAUUUUUAUUCAAUCAAAAUGGCGAGCAAAUAAAUUAAUGAGAGUUUGUCGCCAAGAUUAUUUAGAAAUACAAGAAGCUAGCAUGGUUAUUCAGAUAUGGUGGAGAAAUUAUUUGGUAACCAAAAAUGUAAGAAAUGACUACCUAUUAAAGAAGGAUGCUGUAAGAACUAUAGAAUCAUUUUGGAAAGCCCAUGAAAUUGGAAAAGUUGAUCGCCAACAAUUUAUUACAAUUAAAUCUAGUGUAAUUAUCAUACAAAGAUGUUGGAGCAGGUAUAGAAAUACCAAAAAACAUAUACAGUACUUCAAAUCAUGUCAGAAAGCGGUAAGAGUCAUUCAGCCAUGGUGGAGAAUGAUUAAAGUCUUUAGAGAAUACAAAAAACGACGAAAUAAUGCUAUUAUUAUUCAAAAAUGGUGGAGGCACGUGAUAAUAAUGAAUGAUAUUAAAUCUAGGUAUGUUUCUUUGAAAAAACAUUCUAUUUUAGUACAAAAAACGUGGAAAAUGAAGCAAGAGAGACGAAAAUAUUUGAAAUUGAAGGCAGCUGUGAUGAAAAUUCAAGUAUGGUAUAAAAAUUGGAAACAAUUUCGAGCUAUUCGCAAUGAUUAUUUAAUAAAGAAAAGUGCAACUGUAUUAAUCCAACGUUGGUGGCGAAGUUUGAAGGCUUCAGAGCAAUGCAGAUCGGAUUAUUCAAUGAAAAGAAAAGCUGUAAUGACUAUUCAAGCUCAAUGGCGCGCUAAAGUUAUUGGAAGAUCGAUAAGAGAAAAAUAUUUGAAUAUGAAAAAAGCAUCAAUCAAAAUUCAAUCUUAUUGGAGAAUGAUCAAAGUAAGAAAUGCAUAUUUAAAAAUGUUAAAAAGAAAGAAAGCAGCUGUUGUUCUUCAAAGAAGAUGGAGAGCUCGAGAUAUUGGAUCGAGAAUACGAAAAGAAUAUCUUAAACAGAAAUCUGCAGCUAUAUUGAUUCAAAGAAAAUAUCGUGCAAUGAAACUGACUAAAUUAACAAAAGCUCAGUAUUUAAUUUACAAGAAAGCAGCAAUAGUCAUUCAGAAAAAUUGGAAAAUGAUUAAAGCAGUUGGAAAUUAUCGAAGAAUAAAAUCUGCGGUCAUUGUAUUACAAACUCAGUGGCGAGCACGAAAAUUAGCUAUUCAUCAUCGACAAAAUUACAUUGAAAUAAAAAGAAAAAUAGUGAUGAUUCAACGUUACUAUCGAGCAAAAUGUAUUGCUAAGGAAGUUAGAACAAUGUAUUUAAAACUUUAUCAAACAACAGUCAAAGUCCAACGUGUUUGGAGAGCAAAUAAACUGAUGAAAGAAGCAAGAAGACAGUACUUGAGUCAUCGUAAUUCAGCGAUAAGAAUUCAAUCUUGGUGGAGAAUGAUUGUAGAAAGAAAAGAAUAUUUAAUGAAAAAACGUGCUGUAUCUAAGAUUCAGAUAGCUUGGAAAUCGUUAAUUUUAACUAGAAAUGUACAAAAUGACUUUUUGACACUCAAAGCGAGUGUUAUAUUUAUUCAAAGACAUUUCAGGUCAAUAAAACACACUAAAAGAAUAAGAAAUGAAUUCAAGAAAUUACGGAAAACAGCCAUUUUCGUCCAACAAAGUUGGAGAAGGAAGGUGGAAAUACGAAAGCAAAUAGCAGAAGUAGAAGCAAAGAAAAGAUUUAUCAGUGCUGCAAUAGCAAUCCAAUCUGUUUGGAGAGGGUAUAUGCUAAGGAAGAAAGAGUCUGCUGAAAUAAGAGAAUUGAGAGAAAGAUCUAAAAAGGCAACAGCUGCUGCUACUCCUUCAGCCACAGUGGAAUUUAGACUCCGUGCAGCUAUAAAUGUCCUUCAGAACGUGGCAAAUGUUGGUCAAUUAUCUAUGUGUCUAGCUUGCAUUGAGACGUUAACACGUUUGUCUCCCAAGGGAUGUGUAUUAUUCUGCGAACUUAAUUUAGUUGAUAAAAUUUAUCGAAUUUUGGAGAAGUCUAAUCGAUCAUUACCCUGGAUGGAUGUUUGUUUACGUUGUACUAAUAUUUUAAUCACUCUAAUAAAAUUACCACAGACUUCAUCCUAUGUUAAAAGCCUUGAAGACACGGAAACCAUAGCAAGGUUGAUGAAUGCUACUGUUAGACGUGAAACAGAUCUAUUUCUUCAUCUUGCAACACUUUUUUGGCUGUUUUUAUUGGAUGAUGAUUUUGUAGAAGAAAUUAAAAAUUUUCCUCGUACUAUUUUCUUAUUAAAGACUUUAUGUUCGUCGAAUAUUUUGAAAAAUUCAACACAAGAGCCGAAAGGGAUGAAAAAUAAAACUCUGCCAUUAAUUGAAACUUUACUGCCCAAUCCUAAACCUGAUUGGGGAUUAAAAACCAAAAUCCCUCGAUGUUUUACAAAAAUUCAAGACGCGAUAUUGACAAUCAAAAAUAUUUUAAAUAUUUAAUAAACUUUAUCAAUUUUUAAAGUUAUAGUAACCUUUUCAUGUUGAAGAAAGAAAAAUAGUUGUAAUUCUGAUGAAAAUAAUGAUUUUUUUAAUGUUUAAAAUUUAUUUAAUCCAAUUUAUAAAAUAUUUAUUAAUAUCUUAGACAUUUUGUUGGCAUGCAAUUGAAUAAUCAAUUCUGUAUUUGUUAAGAAAUCGGUCUCUACUCAUAUUUGAGACUGUUUAUUAUUAGUAAUGUUCGGUUGUCAGAGAAAAACAAAUUGGGUAUAAUUAAUAUUAAGAAUACUAGAACUCGAACUAUAAGUUCACAAACAUGUUCUAUUAAAUUUUGGGUAGAGCCCAAUUUCCUACAUUUAUAUUGAAUUCUAUCUUAACAGUUGAUAUUUAGAUAUUAUUUUAUAUUUUAAAAAUUUAUUUUUAGAGACAUUUGAAAAUCAGAAUAACAAUUAAUUUUGUACAUUUGUGUAAGCUUUGUUAUUUGUAUAGAAAAAUAAAAGGAAUA